AUGCGUCUCAUUUUUCUUCUUUUACUUUUUCUCACCGUCGUCCAAACAACUUCAACUUCACAGAUAGAGACAAUGUCAUGCUCUCACGAAAUGUCUUUGAUUUCGCCAAAUUCCACAGUCGAUCGCGGCUAUCGAUCAUUUAGAGGGGUUAUGCGAUUUUCAUUCGAUUUCCUGAUUUAUACCACAGAUUUUUACAUAGGUAUCCUCGUUUUGUUCCAUGUCAUGUGGAGAAGUAGGAGUCAUCAAGUUCGUUGCUUGAUGAUCUCAAUGCCAAGAGUUUUCAACGUCAUGACUAACUUAGAACUGACCGAUGACGGUAACGGUUUCAUUCAAAGAAAUCGAUGUUUUUAUCUGAUUGAAUUUGUUCUGUACAUUAUGCUGGCAAGUGUAAUAGGAAUCACUCUGGUCGAUCUAUGGUCCGACAUUCUUCUCCGAUAUCGACACGCCUUAAAAAGACGCACUAGACCAAUGCAGCAAAGUUGGAACCGUAAUUCUAACCGCCGAUCUGCUGGCAAUAAAGCCCGUCGAUGA